GUAGUCCCAAAACAUCUGGAGGGCCAAGUUUGGCCAUUCCUGGUUACAGCAUUGUGUUUGGUUUGUUUCUGUGCUCAGUGGUAAGUGCUGGUCAUUGGACCAGGGAAUUUAAGCAUCACCCGCUUGAAUUUGUUCAACCAGUGAGAUCCUCAGCAGAGACGCUGCACCAUGUCCUGCCACCAUCCGGGGGGGGGGCAGGUUGGAUGGGUGGAUAACAUAGGGCAAGGCCUUUUGGGGAGGCCUUAGCGCAGCACCCAGGCUUUAGAGCUCCCUCCUCCAGGACACCCCUCUCAUUUUUGUCUAGGACACUUUCUGCCCACCUCUCUACAAAUUCCUUACUGAAAUAAACCCUUUUUCUUCUCACAAGCUUGAGUGAUGCUCCAAUGCUCUUGCUAAUGCUGCAAUGCCUAUAUACAUGCUUAUAUGGGAAUGGGGUAAAUUUCAUUUAACUCAUUUGGACUCAUUUCUGAGCAGGCACAUGCAGGGUUAUGCUGCAAGGGCUUCCAAACCUUCCCUUUUUGUUUCCCAACCUUUCACAUUUUACCGUUCACCUGCACUUCUUCUGCUUCUACAUUAUUUCAAUCACUUUCCCGGACUCUUCUAUUUCAGGUCCUUUGAGUUGCCAUGCUGCAUGUUACAUUUACUUCCUUUCCCCUGACAAUUAGGAGGGAAUGCAACUGCAAGCGCACCCUUCAGCCAGCCCAGCCUCUCACCCCUCCCAUCUCACCCCUCCCUCCAGCUUCUGAUGCCAAGCAAUCAAAGAAGAGUCUACCUUUAGGAGAGAUGUAAAAGGUCAGCACAGAGGCACUUAGGUAUUUAGAAACCUGUGGGGGCUGUCAGAGCAGCCUUCUCGUCUCGUCUCUUCUCUUCACCUUGCCUAAGAGCUGCUUCCCAGGUGGAAUUUGGGGAUAAUUGCUAAGGGAGUCUGUGCUCUUUGGAUUGCUUCUCCCCUGCAAUUGCCCUCACUGAGGGCGAAGCCAAAUCAGCUGAUAACCUUUUGCACAGACCCACUGUGUCUCUCUGCCUGGCUGCACCAUGACUGUCACCUACACAGCCCGUGUGGCCAACGCUCGCUUCGGUGGCUUCUACAAACUACUGACCCUCUGGCGUGGAAGCAUCUACAAGUUGCUCUACAAGGAGUUCUUGGUCUUCUCUCUUUCGUACCUGGGACUUAGUGUUACAUAUCGCUUCGUCUUAAGUGAGACUCAGAAAAGGGACUUCGAAAAGGUGGUGAUUUACUGUGACAACUAUGCCAAUCUCAUCCCUGUCUCCUUUGUCCUGGGGUUCUAUGUGACACUGGUGGUGAACCGCUGGUGGAGUCAGUACACCUGCAUGCCUAUGCCAGACCGCCUGAUGUGUGCCAUCUCUGGGAACGUGCACGGCACUGACGAGAAGGGGCGCCUUUACCGGCGAACUCUCAUGCGGUACUGCAGCCUUUCUGCCGUCUUGAUUCUUCGCUCAGUCAGCAUCGCUGUGUUCAAGCGUUUCCCCACCAUAGACCAUGUGGUGGAGGCAGGGUUCAUGACUCGUGAGGAGCGCAAGAAAUACGAGAACCUGAACACUUCCUACAACAGAUACUGGGUCCCCUGUGUCUGGUUUACCAACUUAGCUGCACAGGCACGCAAAGAAGGCCGCAUACGUGAUAACUGUGCUCUCAAGUUACUCAUGGAGGAACUGAACCUUUUUCGCGGAAACUGCAGCAUGCUCUACCACUAUGAUUGGAUCAGUGUACCACUAGUCUACACUCAGGUGGUCACCAUUGCUGUGUACAGCUUCUUCGUUUCUUGUCUGAUUGGGCGGCAGUUCCUUGACCCAGGCCAGGGCUACAAAGGACAUGACCUGGAUCUGUGGGUCCCUGUUUUCACCCUGCUGCAAUUCUUCUUCUAUGUUGGGUGGCUAAAGGUGGCUGAGCAGCUCAUCAACCCUUUCGGGGAGGACGAUGAUGACUUUGAAACCAACCUGCUGAUUGACAGGAAUUUCCAGGUCUCCAUGAUGGCAGUGGACGAGAUGUAUGGGGACCUGCCUCUUCUGGAGAAGGAUCGGUACUGGGAUGCCUCCAACCCCCGCGCCCCAUAUACUGCAGCCACCGUUUUCCUCUUGCAACAGCCGUCGUUCCAGGGUUCCACUUUUGAUAUGACCCUAGCCAAGGAAGACAUGCAGUUCCAGCCCCUAGAGGACAUCGCAGAGGGCUAUGAACACAGCCGCCAUGUCCCUGCGCACCUCUUGAACCGCCUGCUAUCCACAGCCCCCGCGCCUGGCGGCUUUGGACGUCGGCUGUCUCUGCUGAGGCGCAAGAACAGCUGUGUUUCUGAAGCAUCCACUACCUACAGCUGCCUCUGUCAGGAUACACAGACCACGGACUGUACCUGUGGGCCUUCUGGGCAGUCUGUGCCCUUCAACAGCAUUCACUUCAGCUCUGAGGGGGAGGGAGACCUUGGGCCUGAUGGCACUGGCCUGGGCACAGAGACACACAAGGACCUCUCUGAGGAUCCCGCAGGCGAGCCCAGUGGCCCAGCUCAGACCUCGCUAGGCCAUGACAGUGCUGUGGCCAACCCCCAGGAUCCAGUGCCCCUUGUGGACAUGUCUGUCCCUGCAGCAACAGAUACCGACUCGUCUCAGCCUCUCCUAGACCACGGCUCUUCAGAUGCCCCCUUCUUUCACAGCUCAAAGGAGGCCUCCGGCAAGGGUCUUCCACCAGCCAAUUACCCCCACUGGCUGCAGAGCCCUAUCGAGGAGGAGAAUGUGGCAUAAGCGAUUACUUCAGCCUCCACAGGGUUCAGUGGAGCCAUUACGAAGGGUGGCCCAUGGCACAGUUCAAUCUGAGGCCUCAGGACAGGAAAUCAGUGAAGACUGAUAGUCCUUGCAGCUGCUAAAGGGAAAUUUGAAUUGGUGGCCCCUGCUAGACACCUGGUUUUUAAUGACAUUGUAAUGUGGGGCCACUUCAUAAGGAGUCAGGAGGCUUCUGUUAAUCAGGCCUCUA